CGGUUAGGAAGGUUCCUAAGCUAAAUGGACUAUUCGACUGCAGCCAUGGCCUCCGCAGCUCCGGAGGAUUUACCGGAGAACCGGGAGGGUUUAUGGGCCUCAGGAGACACCGGGACACCGGGGGAAGACACACGGACACCGGGGGGAGACACCGGGAUGGCUGGAUCCCGGAAAACAACCUUCGUUCAGAGACACAGCUGGAGAAGGAGCACUGAGAGCAGCAUGGAGGAGAACAAAAAGACCCCUGGAGCUCAGAAACCGAAAGUAAGAGAGAGACGUCACAGCUGUCAGCAAUGUGACAAAUCCUUUACAAGACCUGGACAUUUAAAGAGCCACCUGCUUAUUCAUACUGGAGAAAAACCAUACAGCUGUGAAAAGUGUGGGAAAACAUUCAGGGAAAUAGGUGCUCUCAAAUCACAUCAACGUAUUCACACUGGAGAGAAACCGUACAGCUGUGAAUAUUGUGGGACAACAUUCACUAGAUCAGAUUAUCUCAAAACACAUCAGCGUAUUCACACUGGAGAAAAACCGUACAGCUGUGAAGAGUGUGGGAAAACAUUCAGGGAAUCAGGUAAUCUCAAAUCACAUCAACGUAUUCACACUGGAGAGAAACCGUACAGCUGUGAAGACUGUGGGAAAACUUUCUCUCAAUCAGGUCAUCUCAAAUCACAUCAACGUAUUCACACUGGAAAAAAACCGUACAGCUGUGAAGAGUGUGGGAAGACAUUCACGAUAUCAUGUAAUUUUAAAACCCAUCAACGAAUUCAUACCGGAGAAAAACCGUAUUGGUGUGAAGACUGUGGGAAAACAUUCACUACAUCAAGUGAUCUCAAAACACAUCAACGUAUUCAUACUGGAGAGAAACCGUACAUGUGUGAAGAGUGUGGGACAACAUUCACUACAUCAAGUCAUCUCAAAACACAUCAGCGUGUUCACACAGGAGAGAAACCGUACAGCUGUGAAGAGUGUGGGAAAACAUUCACGACAUCAAGUAAUUUUCAAACGCAUCAACGAAUUCAUACUGGAGAAAAACCGUAUUGGUGUGAAGACUGUGGGAAAACGUUCACUUCAUCAAGUGCUCUCAAAACACAUCAGCGUGUUCACACAGGAAAUAACCCGUACAGCCGUGAAGAGUGUGGGAAAAACGUUCAGGACAUCAAGUGAACUCACAAUCCAUCACCGUGUUCACACAGGAGAGAAACCUUAGUGGUGUUAAGAGUGUGGGAAAAGGUUUUCUCAAAGCAUUCACCUUAAAAUCCAUGAGCGAAUCCAUUCCGCAUGGUUUUGAACAACUAUGAGAGCCAAGCUAGCUGUUUCUUCCUCUUGAUAGCCUGAGAGCUGUAGUUAUAUUUUUAUAUAUCUUUCUGAAUUGAAGUCUGACUAACAGACUUAAAUUCAAAGAGUCAGUCUCGUUUUAUGUGCCAGGAAAAGCCCUGAGGUCCUCCUCGGCUUUUUAAAUAUCCCUUAGUUCCCCAAAAUAAAAUGGGUGAGGCUUUUAUACUCUACGCUCCCAAACUGUGGAACACCAGGAAAUAUCAGAUAGGCUCAGUGGACAGUUUUAAAUGCCAGCUAAAGACACAUCUCUUUAGAUUAGCUUUUUAUUAGCAACCCCCCACUUUAAAUCGUUUAUUUACCUACUUUUAUAUUGUUUCAUUUAUGAUAUAGGAAAGGUUUUAUCUUAUAUUAGUUAUUUAACAGUUUCAAAAGCAACAUUUAUUUUUACGUUGGUUUCUUUAUAUUUUAAUCGUUUAACCUUUAUUAGAAUUAUGAUAUUUUUAUUACUCUACAUUUUUAGUUUUUAUUUCUGUUGUUGAAUCUAUUCACUUAUCUUUCCGAGAUAAAUCAUUUUUUUUUUUUUACUGUAUUUCAUUUGUUAUUAUCAUACAUUUUACCUCUUUGUGUAUCUUAACCUGUUACAAUGUUAUAUUUUGCUGCAUGUAUCUGUAAAGGUCUUAACAGACUGAGGGGACUUUCUUGUUGUUUAUUUUUAACUUGUGAUGUGUCGCCAUUUUGUAAAGCACUAUGAGCUGCACGUGCUGUAUGAAUAAAGCUUUAUUAUUACAACAGUUUUUUAUGUUCUGACCAGCGUUCACACUAUGCCAACACAAGGCCACAGAGAUGCUGUUUCUCCGAUGUAAUUGAUGUUUGUAAUGGCUCCUGAACUAUGAAGACAUUUUUUACUAUGCUGUGUUUAAACCAUGGAUUUAUAUCUCAACUGCUAGCCUCAUUAAUAUGCAUUGAAGGAAUUUAGUUUCACUGUUCAUUAAUCUGCAGAUUAGUUUCUCCAAUAAUCUGUUUGGUUAAUAAAAUGUUGAGACUUUAAA